ACUUCUUCCGUAGCGUACCACGUUGUGACCAUAAGAUUCAGUCUGAGAGAAGCAGCAGAGCCUGUUUGUCUGGAUAAACUUGUUGAAGCGGACUUUGUGUAAACUUUCAGGAUGUUUCAGCCCAGACUCAUCUCCUGUUAGCCAACAAUGCUGAUGGAAGGUAGCGUAACUAUCUAGCAGGAAAUAGACGGAGCUCGGCCUCACGGUGCUAGUCGGAGUAGCUUCGACAGAGACCAAACUGUAUUUUUCACGGAGCCCAAAUGUCCAGAUAGAGCUGUGUGAAUAGACUCUGUGCUGUUCACUUUAUUUAACGCUGUUUUCCAUCUGAACGAUCUGCUGCUGUCCGACGAAGCUAAUGAAGCUAACUUAGCCUGCUAGCUGGAAAUAGACGGAGCCGAGCGUCAUUUAAUCAUCAGAGAGAACGAACAGUUUCUAACGGAGUGAGUCUGGAGGAAAAGCUGCUGUGAAUCAGUCAAAAUGUCUAAAGUCCAAACGCUGAGAGCUUUUGUGAAGCAGCGACUAACUGCGGCUGCUGAAGAGAUAUUUGAGCAGUUUGAAAGAACGAUAGCAGAGUACGAGGAGGAAGUUUGUCGACAACAGAAACUACUGGACGCUGUUUUCAAGCCUGAAGUCCGGUUACACAGAGCAGACGUCCAGCUGCUGUUGGUGAGGAAAGAAGAGGAUCCUCCUGAGCAGCAGGACUGGAGAUCCAUGAUUGGAAGAAAUGCAGUGAACCUGAGUCAGGUUUAAACUUUCUGAAAAGUAACAGUGAAUGUCGUUCUGCCAGGAAAUCAUUUAGCUGCCUUGUGUGUGGUAAACGAUUCAGCCAUAAGUCAAAUCUUCGGACACACAUGAGAACUCACACAGGAGAGAAACCAUUUUGUCGCUUAGUUUGCAGUAAAAGAUUUAUACAAAAGGUAAUCCUGUUACGACACAUGGCUCUCCACACAGGAGAGAAGCGGGACCGCUGCAGUGAUCGUGGUAAAAGAUUGACUCAGCAGUCCCAGCUCAAAACCCACCAGUGUGCUGGUCUUCAAUCCUCACAGCUUCAUCAAAGCCAAACUGAAGAGAACAGGGAUGCAGAGCAUGUGAACAGAAAGGCUGAAGGAGAGGACAGUGGAGGACCAGAGCCAGACAAAAAUUCAGAUCCAGAUAGACAUUUACAACCUGAUACUCAUGACAAGACGUCUCACUCCUCUGAACCUGAGACUGAUGACAGUUGUGAUUGGGAGGAGACCAGAGAGCCUCAGUCAGGUUUAAACCCUCUACAGAACAAUGAAGUACCUGUCAGUGAUGUUAAAUGUAAAACUGGAAAAACUUCAGUGAGCUCCUCUGGAUGUACUUCAAGCUCUGACCACAAGGGGCGUCUGCAGAGAUGCAGUGGAAACCAAACAGGAGAGAAACCAUUGAGUUGCUCAGUUUGUGGUAAAAGAUACCAGCGAAAGAAAUCCCUCAGGAAGCAUCUGAGGCGCCAUUCAGAAGGAAAACGCUUCAACUGCUCUUUUUGUAACAAAUCUUUUCAACAGAGAACAGAUAUUCAGAGGCACAUGAGAAUCCACACGGGGGAGAAACUGUUUCGUUGUUCUCUCUGUGGAAAAGGAUUUGCAGUCAAGGCAAAAAUGAGUGAACACAUGAGAAGCCACACAGGAGAAAAACCUUUCAGCUGCUCAGUUUGUAAAGUUAGUUUCAGUCAAAGCAGCAGUUUGUCCAGACACAUGAGGACACACACUGGGGAGAAAUAAUUUAGUUGUUCUGUUUGUGGUUGAAGAUUUGCAUGACAUGCACAUCUGAAAUAUCACAUGAAAACCCACAUGAGAAACCAUGCGGUUUCAGAGUUCGUCACAAAGGAUUCACUCGGCUCCAGACUUUAAAAACACACGAGUGUGUUUGAGAGCAGCAGAAACACAUGAGAUGCUGGUUGAAACUGAUAUUUCAUCCUUUCCAAGAAGUUUGCUUUUUGCUUCAUUCAAAGUAUUUUCUGUCAGCUGCACAGCGUUGUGGUCAACAUCUGUUCUCUUUUGAAAUAAUGUGAUCACUCAGAUCUCAUAUGUGUGUUGAGAGAAUUGAAGGUUUUGGAAAUCAUUUUUCACCCCAUGUGUGUGUGUGUUUAUUGCAUUUAUUUUGUUGGAACAAAAACCCAAGAGACUCCCAAGACAUAUCCCCUCACCCCGACGGCCUGUGUGUGCCUGUGUGUACCUGUGUGUACCUGUGUGGACCUGUGAAGACCAGGUCGUGGGGUUUAAAGUGGGGCUGCUUUAUCAGAAUAAAAUAUACAAAUGAAAUGUGUUGACAGCAGCUGAAAUAUACUAAAAUGUAU